UUCCGGGUAACUAGGCUGUACAGGUUAAUUAAGCAUAGUUAUAUAACUAGGAUUAAUAAAUUCCUAAACAUGUUUACUUUUAGUAAUUAUUUUAAUUAUAUUAAACCAAAAAUUAGUUUAAUUCUUUAUCCUAUAGUUAUCUUUAAGCUAGAUAUUAUAAAAAAUUACGAAAUCCUCAUAAAACAUAUAGUUAAAUCUUAUUUAAACUAUAUAAAUACAGUAAAUCAUCUGAUUUUAUUUAUCUAUAGAACCCGAUUUAAUUUAAUUUAA